UCUCUAUAAUUUAAAACAAAAAAAAAAUCUUUUCUUCGGGAAGAACGAAAGUAACGACAAAAAAAACGAUGUCUACAUCAUUUGCCUUGGAAAAUUGGAGCUCAAGCUAUAAAGGAAUACUUUUGCUCAAUCUAACAAAUCAAUUUAAAGAUAAACAUUUAGAAUCGGCUUAUCAACGGUAUUCACAGCGACAACGACAAAAAUCAUUAGUUAUUGUCAAUGUUGUUGAUAUAAUGGUGAAGAUUAUAUUUUUAUUAGCUUACUUUCUAGCAAAUUAUAACCAUAAUCAUAAUGAUGACAAUAAAAAUCAUUCUCAUUCGAAUCAUUAUCAUCAUCACAACAAUCAUAAUCAUCCACAGUAUAAUCAGCAGAAUCGCCAUGGCCAAAUUAAUGAGAUUGAUAAAAAAGUUCAUGUUGAUGAGAUCAUUCCCGAAUCUGUUUAUCAUAGUAAUAAUAUUAAUGAUCAUAAUUCCAAUUCAGCCUUUAUUCCUAUAUCUGAUGUUUUUGAUGAUGAUAAUAAUAAUGAUGAUGAUCUACAGCAACGACGGCUACAUCAAAGGCACCGAAGACAUCAUUAUCAACUAUCGGAAAAAAUUCCAUCAAUUUUACUUGCCUUUUUUACAUUAAUAUGGAUUAUUCUAAAUUGUUUGGUAAUCAGUUUGAUUACAUGUUGGAAACGUUUUGCAAAUAAUCAUCUUUAUAUUGGCGCAUUGAUUAGUUGGACAAUAUUUACGAUUGAAGGUCAAAUGGGUUUUGAUCCUGAAUUAAGUCAUCGAACUGUUUCAAUGAAUGUGGCUCAAGUAACAUCCACUUCAUCAUCGGUGACAAUGAUUAGCUAUAAUGGUGCUAUUUGGCAUACAUUUCUGACAAUUUUAAUAAUUUAUGCAAUGUUACCAUUACCAUUAUUAUGGUGUGCAUUCUGUGCUAUUAUCACAUCAGCAAUUGAUCUGACAUUUCGUAUAUCAUUUCUUUCGCAACAAAAUCAAAAAAAUUAUCUGCAAUUAAUAUUUGCGAAUCUAUGUCUUUAUUCAUGUAUUAAUCUAAUAUCAUUAUAUACUAAAUAUCUGACCGAUUGUGCUCAACGUAAUGCUUUCCUAGAGACACGUCGUUCAAUUGAAACACGUUAUAAAAUUGAACGUGAAAAUUCUAAACAGGAAAAAUUGUUACUUUCUGUAUUGCCAAGAUUUGUAGCAAUGGAAAUAAUAACCGAUAUAGCUACACAAGAAGACUGUCAAACACGUGGUAGUCUAUUGCCGACACAAUUUCAUAAAAUUUAUAUUCAUUGUUACAAAGAUGUUAGUAUAUUGUUUGCCGAUAUUCAAGGAUUCACAGCAUUGGCAUCAAAAUGUUCAGCACAAGAAUUGGUUGGUGUUCUAAAUGAUCUUUAUGCUCGUUUUGAUCGUAAAGCUGAGGAAAAUCAUUGUCAUCGAAUAAAACUAUUGGGUGAUUGUUAUUAUUGUGUUUGUGGAUUACCGACAGCUCGGCCAGAUCAUGCACAUUGUUGUGUAGAAAUGGGUCUCCAUAUGAUUGAAGAUAUUAAACGAGUACGUAAAAAAACUGGUGUCGAUUUAAAUAUGAGAAUUGGUAUACAUUCUGGCUCAGUACUCUGUGGUGUAAUUGGACUACAAAAAUGGCAAUUUGAUGUAUGGUCAAAUGACGUUACAUUAGCUAAUCAUAUGGAAUCGGGUGGUUUACCGGGACGAGUUCAUAUAUCUGCUCGUACAAAAGAUUAUCUACAAGGUGAAUAUGAAUUAGAACCUGGAUAUGGUGAACAACGUGAUUCAUAUCUACGAGAUCAUAAUAUUGAAACAUUUAUCAUUUUACAAGAUAAACCAACCAAAUGGAAUCCGCUCAAGGCUGAAGAUUCUUAUAAAAUUCGUAAUUCAACGGCAACAAACACAACAGCAGCAGCAGCAGCAAAUGUAAUUCCUGAAUCAAAUGUUGAAACAACAAUAUUGACUGAAAUCAUUGUUAAUAACAAUGGUGAUGAUGAUGAAGACAAUAAUAAAAUCAACGAUGAAAAUUGCAAACAAGAAGAAAACAAGAAGCAAGAAAAACAACAAGAAAAUGAAAAUCCUGCUGAUUCGGUGAAAACGGCAAUAACCAAUAACAAUUUAGAGGUUGGAAAAAUUCCAACGACGACGACGUCAAUAAAUUCACCACCGAAGGCUACAGAAUCGGAUAAUAAUAACAAUAACAAUAAUAAUGGUGUAAAAAGUGUUGUAAGCAUUGAAAAUCCAUUUGAAUCAAUUUUUGACAAUUCACAACAACAACAACAUCAUCAACAAUCAAAUCAGGCUAAAUCAUUUAAAAAGAAACAUAAAUCAUUUCGAAAUCUAUUGAAACGUGUGGACCUUAUAUCAUCAUCAGCAUCAUCAAUUGUAUCGAAUGAUUUAUUAUUGUCAUCAUCGAAUGUUGUAAUCACGAUUGAUGAUGCUAUAAAUAGUGAACAACCACAUCAACAGCAUUUGAAUCAAAAGAAUGUUGAUAAUGAUUCAUCGAUGAAAAAUCAAUUGAUGUCAUCAUUGAAUAAUAAUAAUGAUGAAUCCAAUGAUUGGUUACCGGAGAUUCCAUUUCAAAAUAUAGUCGAUUUACGUUAUGAAGAUGAUCCAUUUGAACAAUUACCUUUAGUGGCUACUACUGUUGGUGAUAAAUCCGAAUCUGAAUCAUUGGAAUGUAAACAUCAAUCAUUAAAUAUUGGUGCUAAUUGUUUUGGACAACAACAACAGCAGCAGCAACAGACAGGAAAUCGAAUAAAUCCAACAACGACAACAACAUCGACAACUACAACAUUUACAACUAGUUCAAGAAGAAAAAGUUCAACAUCCACUGUAACAGUUUCGGUUCCUUCGUUUCCGACAAAAAUUGAAUCACAGCAAUCGGAAAUUAAUAAUUCUCACAACAACAGCAGUAAUUAUAAAACUAAUUUAUCCAUAAACAAUGCUGAUGAAAGCAUUACAAUUGAUGAUAUACAUACAAGCGAUGUAAUUGUUGAUGAAAAUGAUUCAAAAACUAGAAAUAAUAAUUCCAUAAAAACCACGAAACCAAUAUCAACCACAACCAUAGCAACAGCAACAGCAGCAUCCUCCGCCUCAAAUCUUCAACAACAACAUCAAUAUUACUCGAAAUCAAUGAACCAAAAAUUAAUAAAACGACGAAGAGCACUUUCAUGGAAUGAACAGAUUGAUAAAUAUAUUGAUCAAUGUAUUGAAAUUGAAUCGAAUAAGAAAUUAUUUCAGGAGAAUGUCAAUUGGUUUCUACUUAAUUUUCGUUCAAACGAAUAUGAAAAUAUGUUUGGUAAAAUUCCCUAUCUAGUAUUUCGUUCGAAUCUAUUUUGUUUUUCUGUGAUUUGGCUUUUUAUGGUCAUCAUUUCAUUGAUCAUACUACCGCUAUCCUGGUUCAAUUUCAUUGUAUAUUUAGUUAUAAGCCUAUUAUUUAUUGGAAUUUUCAUACUAAUAUUAUUGGCAUAUGAAGAUUUUGUACCAAAUAUUUUCAGACGUUUUGCUGAACGUCUAGAAAAUGAUCCAUCUAUAAGGAAUCUUUUCUGUACAACGCUGAUUAUUCUAUUAUUUACAAUGUCCAUCAUUUUCAUGAUUAUUUGUGUUCAUAAAAAUCAAAUUAUUAUACAUCAUGGAUAUCAUCAUGGACAAAUGUCAAAUAAUGAAACAUUGAUGAAUCAUCAUCAUCAUCAUCAUCAUAAUCAUCAUCAUCCUCAUCAACAAUCAUCAUUGAAUGAAAUAUUGAUUCCCGAAUUGGACUUUAAUAAAAUGUUUUUAUCAAUUCAAAGUGAUAAAAAUAAUCAAUCGAUAAUCAAACAACAACAUUAUGACAUGUUUGAUAAUUCGCAGUAUUUUGUAUUUUUAUGGAUGUUAACAAUGGUAUCGACGACAACAUUUCUAAAAUUACCUUAUAUCAUUAAAUUCACGACCUUAUCAUCGAUGACAUUGAUUUAUAUAAUAAUUGUCAAAUUUGUAUUUAUCGUCGUGUUUUCUCGUCAACAAAGCUGUUCAAUCAGCCUGUUCACCCAUGGUGAAAUGUGUAUGAAAUUGGAAACAAAAGUUUUCAUCGUUUUAACUCUUUGUUUCUUUUUGGUCAUUCAUCAUUGCCGUUUGAUUGAACGAACUUCUAGAUUGGAUUUCCUUUGGAAAAAACAGGCAAAACGUCAAUUACAGGAUAUGCGAGAGAUACGUCAUUAUAAUGCACAAUUAUUGAAAAAUAUAUUACCCGAUCAUGUUGCCAAUUAUUUUCUUUCUGCACAAGAUCGUCCACAAGAGCAACUUUAUGCACAAUCAUAUGCUUGCUGUGGUGUGCUGUUUGCAUCCAUACCAAAUUUUGAUAAUUUUUAUUCCGAAGAUAUUAACAAUGGUGUUGAAUGUAUACGUUUAUUGAAUGAAAUUAUCUUUGAUUUUGAUCAGUUACUCGAAGAUGAACGAUUUCGUUGUAUUGAAAAAAUUAAAACAAUUAGUAGCACUUAUAUGGCAGCAUCGGGAUUAAAUCCACGUGAUCAAGGCAAAACUGUUGGUUAUCUAUUGGAUUCAUUAGUCGAUUUUGCCCUAUCAAUGAUGGAUGCCUUACAAGAUGUGAAUAAACAUUCAUUUAAUAAUUUUAAAAUGAGAAUCGGUAUUAGUAGUGGACCAUUAGUCGGUGGUGUUAUUGGUGCUAAAAAACCUGUCUAUGAUAUCUGGGGUAACACGGUGAAUGAAGCAAGUCGUAUGGAUUCAACUGGAUCAUUGGAUAAAAUACAGGUGCCAAAAUAUACUGCAGAUAUCCUGAAAGGUGAAGGCUAUCACUUGGAUUAUCGUGGCUUGAUCCAGGUGAAAGGAAAAGGACAAAUGGAAACAUUUUGGGUUAUGGGAAAAAUGACACGUGAAUCAUCAUUGAAUAAAUCUCAAUAUGGUGCUAAAAAAUCAAUGGCUGAAGUAAUUGGCGGUAUGGUUGAAGUUCGUCGUAAACAAGCACUUGGAUCAAGUCUUAGUGUACCAUCAUCAUCAUCAUCAUCGGGUCGUAGUCCACGACGUGGUGGUGGAAAACCAUUACCGGCAACAACAACAACAAUCUCACCAUUCGAUAUCACUGAUAUUGAACAGAAUGACGUUGCGGGAAAAGAAACGAUAAAAUCCGAUCAAUCAUCACCUGUGGCUUCUGAAAGUUCUUCUCGAUUGAAAAAACAAGGAAAAAUGUCUGCUAGUUUUCGUUUUCGUAAAUCACCAACACCUAGCACACAUCAACCAUUACAUCGUAUGAUGUCUGAAAUAUCACGUGUUGGCCGUAGCCGUUCAUUUUAUCAACGUAAUAAUAAUUCUAAUGAUAAUUCUAAUAAAAAUUCCAAUCCAACAAGUCCAAAAUCAAAAGAAUCGAAUGAUGAGUUCAGAAAUUAGUUAGAAAUUUUAUUUUUUUUUCGAAAAUUUCCAUCAUCUGUGAUAUAUUACACAUGAAGCGCAUGUAUUUGAUAAACAAAAUCAGAUUGCAAUCAUCAUCGGUCAUAUAUUUGAUUAUCAAUCAAUCAAUUAAUCGAUUUCAAUUUUUGCAAUUGUGUCAAAAUUUUAAUUUUGUUUUUCUCUAUCUCUCUGUUUGUUACUGUGAUCAUGUCCUCAAAAUCCAUCUAUCCAACACAUCCAUCUAGAAUUUUAAUUUGUUGAUUAAAUAAAUCUGUAACCAUGUUUUUUCUUCAA